GCUUCCGCGGUUGCUGCUGCUGCUUGAGCUCGCGCUCCAUGCCUGCUGCUUCAUCUGCGGAAUUAUCACCGCCGCCUCCGUCACUCUCUCUCAGGGUGAUUUUUCAGGCAGGUGUUUGCUGUACGGCUCUGUGCACUUCAACAUUUCAGAAAUUGACAUAGGCUGGUCCAGCGCUCCUUCUCUCUGUUACUUCGUGUCAGGCAUCUCUGUGUGUGUAGCCGUCUUCUGCUUCUCCACCACCCUCUACUGGGUCUACUCGAGCUGUGUGGAUGGAGAUGUCAAUAGAGAGAGAAUGUGGAUGACUUUCUCAUUGCUUGUAAGCGGAGUCUUCCUCUUCUUCCUCCUGGUGACCGGUUGCAUCCUGAGAGUGGGUCGAAACACACUUUGUGAAUCCGUGGUCAAGGAAGUGCCCAAAAUAUCCAGCUGUGAUCAGGCCCAGAGCAAGACAUGGAAAACCCCUUUGAUUGGGUCUAGUUUCUACUCCAAACUACACAGUGCUGAGACGGCAGUGUGGGUGAAUUUCUUCUGCUGGAUAAUAGUAGUUGUUCUGGUGGUGGUCCAGCGUAGAUGGGGCUCUGACUACAGCACUCAUGUAGAGGAUCCCGGAGCCAGUCCUUCUGAAACAGAACCCUUCUUCAAACGGCCAGAACACCCCAACUGAACACACACAAGAUGGCACAGGCACUGUGGCAUGCACAGAUUAAACACACAAUGAGCCAAUCACAGAUUGAGAUAAACACACAGACACACAGACACACACACACAGAUGCAGGCACAGUACUAGUUUUGGCUACCUCGGUCAGUGGUCGUGGUUUUGCUCCCCAGUGAUAUGGAGGCCUUGUUGCCAUGGCUACUGACCAGCAAUUGGCAGCAGUAGCUUGGCAGCUAAAAGAGUGAGGUUGCCAGAUUGGUCUUACUGAUUCAUAUUGAUCUAAAUGCAAAUUAAAAUUCACAAAUCUGA